UGUUUCUCUCCUCUGUUUCCUGAGGGGGAGCCUCUUCUUGGCCCCGGUGGGGCCAGCUUAUAAGAAUAUUCAGCCUGUGUGACUGUGAACAGAAGAGGAAGUUCACACACGAGGCGUAACUGACAUGACUUUUUCUAACAAAGCAGAGUACAGCGUGGCUGCAGUGACACAAAGGAAACAACAGGCCGGUUUGAUUCCAUUCAGCCUCAGGACCCCCGCAGUUUAGAAUCGUCUCUGAGUUUAUGUCGGGCUGUUAUGUUAGUGCAGCACCGAGACAGAUGCACAACAGACGGCGUGACAGGUUCAAAAUGCACUUCAACCGAGAAAUUAUGCGUCUCUGGUGCCACGUGGUUGCGGUGACAGCAGGACAGCAGAUGACAGAGCAGGGUGACAUGCCAGAGCUUUUACUGUGCCAGUGUGAUCAGACAAACCAUAAAAACGUGUAAUAAAGAACAACAGAGUCGCUCCUCUUCGGUUUUCACCGUAAUACUUUCUGCAGAUGUUCACUGCGCCUUCCUCUGCGGUUACUUUUCCAGCACAGAAAGUGGAAAAUUCUGCAGAACCCGUGUUACCUGAUAGACUUUAAAAACCCCCAACAACCUGGUGUAAUUUUGAACUUCUUCAGGAAAUCGAAUUACACAGGAGCGACGGUUCCUCAUUUGCAUGUCCGCAGCUGACCUGGCGCGCGAAGACAAAACAACUCGUUCAGAGUGGAAGCUUCUUUCUUUAAACAGCGUGGAUGUAAAAGCGAGACAGAAUCGCCACAGCGACGAUAAAGUGUGAUAAAGAUAAAGCUGUCGCGCGAGGGCAGCUCUGAUGCGCCUCUGCACGUGGAAGCAACAGGCGGUGAAGCGAGAGGCGUCUCUCCUCGUGACAUCUGUAACUUGUGAUUUUGGUUCGAGCCAGCACAGGACACGCGGCGUGGAUACCUUCACGCGCGGGAGCCGUUGUGUAAACGCGGAGCGAGAAAGAGGGCGGUCAGAGGAGUGACGGCACACGGUGCGCCGCGCGCUGCUCUCACUCCCAGCUCGGCUUCUGGUGGGCUGCCCGUCGCACGUGCAGUUUGUUGUUCGUCCACGGCGGGACUACCGGCGUUGGGAGACGCAUGCUUGAAAAGACCUGCGCUCACUUGACACCCGCUUCGGUGAUGCCAUGCCCCGGAACCACAGCGGAGACGAAGGCGGCACCGGGCUCUGGAUGAGGACCUCACCGGGGCACCGUACCGAAGGCUACGGCUUGAAGGAUGUGGAGUCCGGCGGAAAGAUGAUGAACAACGCGGGAGACGGCUUGCUGUCGGCCCCCAGCGCCGCAGGUGCUGCCGGGUCCGACAACGCGAGGGGGAAGCAGGGAGCCCGGCUCAGCCUGCUGGGGAAGCCGCUCUUAUACAGCACCCAGAGCGGCCGGAGAAACGUGCGCUACCGGCGGCUUCAGAACUACCUGUACAACGUGCUGGAAAGACCGAGAGCGUGGGCGUUCAUCUACCACGCGUUUGUGUUCGUCUUGGUCUUCAGCUGCCUGGUCCUCUCUGUGUUCUCCACCAUCCCAGCUCAUCAGGAAUUCUCCUCCUACUGCCUGCUCAUUCUGGAGUUUGUGAUGAUUGUGGUGUUCGGGUUGGAAUUCAUCAUCCGUAUCUGGUCAGCGGGAUGCUGCUGUCGCUACAGAGGAUGGCAGGGUCGGCUGCGCUUCGCCAGGAAGCCCUUUUGUGUCAUUGACAUCAUAGUGCUGAUAGCGUCAGUGGCGGUGGUGUCAGCAGGUAGCCAGGGCAACAUCUUUGCCACGUCAGUCCUGCGAAGCCUGCGUUUCCUGCAGAUCCUACGCAUGGUGCGAAUGGACCGUAGGGGAGGCACCUGGAAGCUGUUGGGCUCUGUAGUCUACGCACACAGCAAGGAACUGGUAACCGCCUGGUACAUCGGCUUCUUGGUCCUCAUCUUCUCUUCUUUCCUUGUCUACCUUGUGGAGAAUAAGUUCAACAAUGAGUUUGCUACGUAUGCGGAUGCCUUGUGGUGGGGCACGAUCACCCUGACAACCAUCGGCUACGGAGACAAGACACCAAAGACGUGGACGGGGCGGAUGCUGUCCGCAGGGUUCGCCCUCCUCGGCAUCUCCUUCUUUGCCUUGCCAGCUGGUAUUCUGGGUUCAGGCUUUGCCCUGAAGGUCCAGGAGCAGCACAGACAGAAGCACUUUGAGAAGAGAAGAAACCCAGCGGCCUACCUCAUCCAGGCUGCGUGGCGUUAUUACUCCACCGACAGCACCAGGCCCUACCUGGACGCCACGUGGCGGCACUAUGAGAGCCUCCUGCCUAUCCACAGCCAGAAGUUGAGUUUCAAGGAGCGGGUGAGGAUGGCAAGCCCCCGAGGUCAGAGCAUCAAGAAUAGACAGACGUCAUCGGUGAACGACAGGCGCUCUCCGGUGGCUGACGCUGGCACAGAGGGCACCAGCCCCGCCAAGGUUCAGAAGAGCUGGAGCUUCAACGACCGCACGCGGUUCAGACCGUCGCUCCGCCUUAAGAGUCAGUCCCGCUCCACCACUGAUGGUGAGUCGGAGGACGGUUUUGAUGAGAAGGGCUGUCACUGCGACAUCUCGGUGGAGGACUUGCAGCCCUCGGUCAAGUCUGUCAUCCGAGCUGUCAGGAUCAUGAAGUUCCAUGUAGCCAAGAAGAAGUUUAAGGAGACGCUGCGUCCGUAUGAUGUGAAGGAUGUGAUCGAACAGUACUCUGCCGGUCACCUGGACAUGCUGUGCCGCAUCAAGAGCCUGCAGACCAGGGUGGACCAAAUCCUUGGGAAGGGCCAAAUUCCUCUGGAUAAGAAGAUUCGAGACAAGCUUCUCUCUGAUGGCGAUAUACUGGAGGACAUGAGCAUGCUGGGUCGCGUCUGUAAGGUGGAGCGCCAGGUCCAGUCGAUUGAGUCGAAGCUGGACUCCCUGCUCGACAUUUAUCGUCAGGUUCUGCGUAAAGGCUCGUCUUCGGCCCUCACGCUUUCCUCCCUUCCCCUCUUCGAGCUGGAACAGACUUCAGACUACCACUCCUCUGUCUUCAGCAAGGAUAUGUCCUGCUCCACCCAGGUCAGCAGCAGUGGAGUGCCGCCCACCAGCGGCUUCGUCACUCGCUCGUCCACCAGUUCUCAUCUCUCGCAGGGAGGACUCCAUCUCAUCCUGGGGCCCCCCAACGAGCUCAACCUCAAUCUCAAUGCCCCCUCUUCCACGCCUCCCUCUGGCCUCGCAUCAUCCUCUUUCAGCCCAUCGCCCCUGCCACAUCAUCAUCACCAUCGCCGCCACCACCAUCCCCAGGCUCAGGCCACCACACCUGAAAGUGGCACUGAUGAGGCUAUGGGGAGUUCUCCACCCAUCCUCACCCCGAACAGUGUCAGCAGUUCUGGGGACAGAGGAGUAGGAGAUGGUGGGUUUCCUCUUCUGGCGAGGCUUCCACCUCCACCCCCUCCUAGUCGAAGUCACGGCCCAGGCACUUUAGUGCGAACAGCCUCCAUAGAAGUAUCCCCUGAUAUAGAGGACUUUUGUGGAGGUCUUGGGACACAGAUGGAGGACAGCGGUGUCAGGAAGGACCUUGGCCUUGGGUUGGGGCUCAACAGAUUGGGGCAGCAGCUCCAAGGGAACAGCAACAGCAGGCUUAGCACAAAGGAGGAGGGAUCCUGGAGGAGACAAAUGAGCUUGGAGCUGGAGCCCCUGGUGCCACCAGCACUGGGCUGCUGCUCUGGGUCCAACGAGAUGGACCGAGGAUUGGGCAAGUCCAUGUCAGUGCAGGAUCUGAAGCAAGCAGCCCCCACCCAUCACGGCCACAGCCUGUCAUCUCCAAGCCCCAGUACAAGCAGUGACUCCCCCAUUGGUUUCCACAGCUGUAGCCAAGAUCCUGGGGGAGGAGGGGGUGGUACAGGCAGGAGGAGUGGAGGUGGGUGGGGUGAGGAGGACCUCUUUAUCAGUGAUAGAGACAUUGAGACGCAGGGACUUGACUUCUUGUCACAGGGGUCUGCCGAGACUCCGACUUACUCCUCGGAACUCCUGAGGACAGGCGGCAGAGCCGGAGCAGGGACCCAGGGCUCAAACCGCAGUCUGGCCAGCGGCCAUGCAUCCUUGCCCUCUACUGGCAGCAACGAGUUGCUGAACAUGCCACACGUACGGCUAAAAUAGACCCAGCUACAUGUCGGGAAGGCACACCAAUCUCACCUCAAAACGACGGUUUUUAUCCUUUUUGGAGGGAAGUGGGUGGGUGGGAAUAUUACAUGGGGUCUUCUUCUGUUUAUAUUCAUGUUGAUCCAUUUGAUAAGAAUCACAGUAUUUUCAUACAGGCUGACCAUAUGACAUAUCAUUGCAUGAGUUUUGUUUUAAAGUGUGAUUGACAAAUCUGAGAUAAGAGCUUGAGAAACGACAACAGGGACACUCAGAAACAUCCGCUGUUAAACUUGGGUUGAUAUGAGACCUUGACAUACAGCAUAAACUGCAUGCUUAUUGUAAAGAGGUACAGAGAUUUGAAAGGUACAGUUUGCACUCGAGGGCAUGGGCUCCUAACACUUGUUGAAACCCUCUCUGAGAAUGGCCAUGUUCAGUGUAUAAAAGCCACAUUUUGUGUCUCUCCCAUCAAACAAGACGUUUCCACACUGAAAUGUUACAUCACUACUGCCAGAUGCAUUUUUGUUUCUGUAUCUUUCCCAGUUUAGGAAGCCACAUCAUCUUUAACCUCUUAAGAUUCUCAAGGUCAUUGGUGACAUAUCUUAGGUUUCGGUUCCUUAGCAUCCAACCCAUUUUUGAACAUUUUCACCUGUUUGGAAAAUGGAAAAUCUUUUUAUAGAAAAAUUGUAAUGCUGAAAUGAACAAGACUUCAUUUGAGAUGUAACAUGAAAUUUGGCCUUGUGGCUAAAAUAAGACCCAACUCUAACCAUAAUCGGGAUGAGAAGUUAAGAGGGUAAAUUUUAUAAAACUAAAGCAAUACAUUCACAGGACAGAAUUUAAAUUAUUUUAGUUUCAAUCAAACCUUUAAAAAGAACUGUAUUCUAAAGGAAUAAACCAGUGUAAUGUGAAUACAGGCAAUACGAUUUACGUUUUCAUGCAUGUUUUUUUUUCCAUCUUUACAGCAAGAAUAACAAAUUUCUUGUGGUCUUAGGUUGUUGUCCUCCACACAAUUUUGGAACUCUGUUUUACAAGGUGCAAGAACACACAGGGAAAGUAGGGGAGGGGCCAGUUGCAUUCAGAGAUUUGAUUGGGCAACCAAAUGGGCUCCUGUUGGUACUUGUAGGGCCCCCCCCCAAAAAGAAAAAAUAUAUACACUGAUGUACUGGAGCAUAAUGAUGUUAUUGAGUAUUGUUAUGUUAGUAUAAGUACAGUUAGAUUCUCUGAGCACCAUGGUUCUUUAUCCCUUAUGUUUUCCAUCAAGGUAAAAUGACAUUUUUGGACUGUUCACCACAAUCACUGACUGUAUAUAAGAGAUGGACGUAGCUUUUAGAUCUGAAAAGUGAAGUCAAUGCAGAAGUGCCUUAAACCUGCAUUCUUUCUGAUGGCCAGCAGGGGGACACUCUCUUGGUUCCAAAAGAAAGCCCUGUUGUAUAAACUGAGAAAGAAAUGUCCCUACUGCUCAUUUCCUCGAUGAGUUCAUAGUUAAAAUCACUAGUUUCAAGUAAAAUAUUAUUCAUUUUGUGAAUCGUGAUACCUAUUACUGUGCAGGACAUAAAGCAGGUUUACAGGGUGAACAUAUGGGCAUUAAGUGUCCCUCAGUUUCACCAUCAACUUCACCUCUGCUUUCAAAACACCAAGAUGGGAACCCCAAAAAUGCUUCAUAGCAGGAAAUGAGUAACCAAUAGGUGAAAGCAGAGUGGCUACCUCCAUCUUAUAAAGUCUUUGUUCACUUACACUCUGAUUCUUUUGGUGUCUUAUUUUGAAACUUAUACAACCAUAAGCUGCUACUCAGAGGUUCAGCGGGAAGAAAAGAUAUGCUUUAUCCCAAAGCCCAACUUUUGUGUACUUUAGGCUUUUUCCAAACACAACAGGUACAUUCAAGUGUGGAUUUUAUCUUAAGUUGGGGAGUGGAACCACACCUCACAAUACCCUCUUCAAGCCAAUGGUCUACAAAUCUUUCUUGCCCUACAUAUUUGUAUAUUAUUGUUUUCAUGCCCCGCCCUCUCUCCUUGCUACUUGUGGGAUCAGCCCGGGAGCCGGUGUUACAACAACAAAGUGAUAGUCUGCCAAAAAGUGAUUCCUGAUGUUUCAGUGUGUGUUUUAUUUGUAAUGUCUUUAUUUAUAUUGAUUAAUAGACUUGAACAGGAUUUAAAAAAGGAGUUUUACAUAAAAUAACAAAAUGACCAGUUUUGCAAGUAUCUUUAUGACCAUGUGUUCUUGUAGCUACAUUAUAACCAAUCUAGUUCUUUUUGGUCACUUAAAACAUCUUUUAUAUUGUAUUUGUUUCAACUACUGCUGUGCUCUUGACCAGAUCACUCUUAAAGACAUUUUUGAUAUCAAUGAGAUUUGUUAACUGGAUAAAUAAAGGAUAUAUAUGCAUCCAUUCUCUUCCACUUAUCCUUACCAAGGUUACGGGGUGGAACUGUAGCCUGUGUCGUCUACUAUAGGCGAGAGGCACGAUGUGCCCUGGACAGGUCGCCAGUCUGUCGCAGGGCUAACAUAUAGGGACAGACAACCAUUCCCACCUAUGGGCAAUUUAGAAUGACCAAUUAACCUAACCCCACAAACUGCAUGUCUGUGGACUGUGGGAGGAAGCCUGAGAACCCACACAAACACAGGGAGAAAAUGCAAACGCCACACAGAACGGUCCUGGGCAGAUGGUGGAGUUGAGCCUUCUGGCUUUGAGGCAACAGUGCUAACCACCAUGGCACCGUGCUGCCCUACAUAUAUAAACACCAAAAACUCUGCAGCUUCUACCUUGUGGCAGGAAUGCUGUUGUAGCUCAAGAUGACUUGAUAUCAUUCAUGAGGGAUACAUUUGAUACAUGUUUUAUAUAUUAUAGGCUAACAAGUGAUUUACAGUAGUUUAAAUACAGGCAAUCGUUUUUUGGCAGAUGAUCACUUUUUGUCAACACCACCACCAAUCCUCAGCCCGAGGUCAUAGCUCACCAUCUAUUUGUUACCUUCUUUCAAAUGUCCAGUUGUGUUUGAGGUUGUGGUCCCUGCUACUGGCUCAUACAGAUGACUGUAUGAGUUAUUUUUCUGGUCAGAAUGAGGCUUUGGGGUUGACCAAGCAUAGAGAGCCAACACAAAUUGUUAUUCCUGGCCAUUUCCUUGGAUAAAUUAAACCCCAUGUUAAAAAAUGUUGGUCUCUUUGAUGGGUGGCUGGAAAACCCCUGAACUCUUAAAAUCAUUUUUUAAAGGCAUGCAUGCAAGUUUGCUGUAUGCACACGUGUACAGAGAAGAAUGCCCGUUCUCACCAGCAGCCAGUGAGGACGUCAACAGAGGUACAAGCAGUGGCUGUUAACUUCACAUCAAUUAUGCACCGACCAGUUGGUUUCCCAGCCGAUCGCAGCCAUGGAUUAUAGCAUAUCUCGAAUGUCAUUACCUGGUUUAAGAGAACUGCUUGAUAUCAGAACAGGUGUGACCUGGCAAAGCACUUUGUUUUGGUUCAGAAACACUGAAGGAAAUGUUUAGGCGUACGAGUUUUUCUUGUAUCUGGCUUUUCUCCCGGCCUGUUCUUACAUGAGGGAAGAUUUUUAAACUCUUAUUUAAAAUCAUGGUCAAUGUUUGCUUUUUUCCUAUACUCUGUGAUGUGGGGAUUAUUUUUGCUUCCUGGCUACAGAAUGUAUAGUCACUGAGUAUUGACAUUAAGACAAGAAAAGCAAUGUCCAACCUCCUUGUUGCAUGUUAGAGAAUUAGAUGCAUUUGAUACGGUUAAGUAGGUUUUUCUGGUACUUGGGAAAACUAUUACAGCACAGCUAGAUGCAAAUCAGUUUUGGAACCCAGUGAUUAGUCCACCUCUGGCUAUCACAGGUAAAAACUGACGGGCUGGUCGAUCUACAUUCCUACCCUAACCUAUGAUUGUGGAUCUGAGUGUCCCUGCCCAUGUGACACAGAGAGGCCAAACAGUAGGGUAAAAACUUGGAUUGAUCUAUAGAUGCAUGACAUAAAGCACCUGAAUAAAUUCUGCAGAUACCCCUUACCAAAAACCAGAAAAGUUUGAGGAAGCUUAGUUUGCUUUGAAGAAUGAAUUUUAAUCUCCUUUGCAUGAAGAGGCUGCCAUAUCCAAACCUAUCUAGAAGUGAUAAUGAAUGCUAUGCCAUCACUUGAGUUUAAAAUCAAGGAGCCCAGCUCUGAUAUGAAGUCUACAAAAUGUGCAGUACAUCCAGUAUACCGGUGCCUUGCUUGUAUCGUACAUAUUGAUCUUUGAGUUUAUUUAGUUUCUGAAAGGUGCAUUAGGUUCCUCCACACAGAGAUGAUUGCACUGUCUUUAUUUUCUCUCAUUAAGUUCUUACUUGAGGCAUUUUAGUUUUUAUAUUUAGAGAUUUUGCUAUGGAGCUAAAAAUGGACCUUUGACAUGUUACCAUUCUAUCAUUUUAAUUUAUUUAAAUUAUGUUCACAUAUUUACACACUAGUAAUAAUCUCAGAUUUAUGAAGCCUGUAAUGUAAAUGCAAGCGAACUUUUAUUCUCAUUCAUCAAUAAAGGAAAUUCUACAGA